ACUUGAAUCUUAACGUUUGAACUAUCUCUGAUUAGGUGGCCCCCUAGCCGACACUCUGCAAGAAGUGAGGGUCCCAAUCGUGGGAAACAAUGAGUGCACAUGUGCCUACUACGAUCUCACAGACAACAUGAUCUGUGCUGGGUUAAGAGCUGGAGGGAAGGAUUCAUGUCAGGGAGACUCAGGUGGACCAAUGAUGAUCAAAAAGGGUUCAGUCUGGAUCCAGAGUGGCGUCGUGAGUUUUGGAGAAGGCUGUGCCGCGCCAAAGUUUCCUGGAGUUUACGCCCGUGUGUCCCAGUACGAAGACUGGAUCAAAAAUCACACUGGCUCUAGCAAACCAGGCUUUGUUGACUACAUGUCCCAGGAGGUUGAUAGCGACUUGGACUUUGUCUGUCCCACCGCCGAUCCCACAACCCAAUACCCCUAUCCCACAACCCAAUACCCCUAUGCCACCACCCAACACCCCCAAACCACCGAUGACGGCAGUGUGUUUGGCAGUGGUGAGAGAGUGAUCUCCUCACUCGGUCUUCUCCUUAUGUCUCUCUAUGUGCUGGUCGGAGGCAUAUAAACAUGGAGAUGUUGAAGUAAGACAAGUUUAGGGUUUCUGUGCCCAAAUGGCUCAUUCACUUGAUUAGAUAUGAGCCCUCAUUGAUUUAUCUACUUCUUUGCCUUUAAUUUAAGUGUAAAGCUAAUCUUGAUUCAAUUUCUGGUGGAAAGGCAAUCAUUUUAUAACAUAAAUGGAGACGAGUGGAUUGAUGUAAAGUUUGGGAAAAAGAUCAAUGACUUUGCAUUCUCCUGUAAAGAAAUGUUUUUCCAGAUAUAACGUAAUAAAAACUAAAUAAAUCAGA